CAGAAUGACAGUAUGCAGAAGUGAACAGAGCUUGUUCAUUGUACGGUGUUAUUCUGUUAUUCUGUGCUCCAAAGCAGCUUCAUAGCUGGAUCGGGAGCUAACUACAAUAACUGCUGUACUAUGGAAUACAGAGGUGUGAAUUCAGAUAGCUAAUUGUUGCUUUGAGGAAUCUGUCAUGCUUUCACAUAAAGAGAGAUUUUAAAAGCCAGGUUUCUAACUGUAAAGAUGCAAAACCGUAAUAUCCAUGAAGAUCCUAUUACCUAGGAAGAAUCUGACAUUUUGCUGUGAAUGGUGUGUUGGGAUUUAUUUAUUCUUGGAGUGUUCUGCAUGGCUGGCAAAGAAUAAUGUUCCAAAAUCAGUCCAUCUCCCAAGGGGUCCAAUUUUUCUUCCUGGGUGUCAGCAAGCCCUGACUCACAACAGUGCAGCUGACAGGGACUGUCAUGCUUGUGGCACCCUAACCAAAAACAAAAGACCUAAGGACGACCUUUGAACAACACAAAGGAUGGGUUUCAAUGUAAUUAGGCUACUGAGCGGAUCAGCUGUAGCCCUGGUACUAGCCCCUACCGUAUUACUGACAAUGCUUUCUUCUGCUGAACGAGGAUGCCCUAAGAGCUGUAGGUGUGAAGGAAAAAUGGUAUAUUGUGAAUCUCAGAAAUUACAGGAGAUACCCUUGACUAUAUCUGCUGGUUGUUUAGGUUUGUCCCUUCGCUAUAACAGCCUCCAAAAACUAAAACAUAAUCAGUUUAAAGGUCUAAAUCAGCUCACCUGGCUGUAUCUAGACCAUAACCACAUCAGCAAUAUUGACGAAAAUGCUUUCAAUGGAAUACGCAGACUAAAAGAGUUGAUCCUGAGUUCCAACAGAAUCGCCUUUUUUCUUAAUAAUACCUUCAGACCUGUGACAAAUCUCCGUAACUUGGAUCUGUCAUACAAUCAGCUGCAGUCUCUGGGAUCUGAACAGUUCAGGGGCUUAAGGAAGCUGCUGAGUUUACAUUUGCGAUCCAAUUCCCUAAGAACCAUCCCUGUUCGAAUAUUCCAAGAUUGUAGGAAUCUUGAACUUCUGGACCUGGGUUACAAUCGCAUCCGAAGUUUAGCAAGGAAUGUCUUUGCAGGCAUGAUCAGGCUGAAGGAGCUUCACCUGGAGCACAAUCAGUUUUCUAAGCUCAACCUGGCACUUUUUCCAAGACUAGUCAGCCUUCAAAACCUUUAUUUACAGUGGAAUAAAAUCAGUGUGAUAGGACAAACUAUGUCCUGGACCUGGAGCUCAUUACAAAGGCUUGAUUUAUCUGGUAAUGAAAUAGAAGCUUUCAGUGGACCUAGUGUUUUUCAGUGUGUGCCCAAUUUACAGCGCCUCAACCUGGAUUCAAACAAGCUCACAUUUAUUGGUCAAGAAAUUUUGGAUUCUUGGAUAUCCCUCAAUGAUAUCAGCCUUGCUGGGAAUAUAUGGGAAUGCAGCAGAAACAUUUGCUCUCUGGUAAACUGGCUAAAAAGUUUUAAAGGGCUGAGGGAAAAUACAAUUAUCUGUGCCAGCCCCAAAGAGCUGCAAGGGGUGAAUGUUAUUGAUGCAGUGAAAAACUACAGCAUCUGUGGCAAAAGUACUACAGAGAGGUUUGAAUUAGCAAGAGCUCCCCCAAAGCCAACAUUUAAACCAAAACUCACCAGGCCUAAACAUGACAGCAAGCCUCCUCUGCCCCCAACUAUCGGAACCACCGAAUCCAGCUCAGAACUCGAGCAUGACACAGAACACAUCUCCUUUCAUAAAAUAAUAGCAGGGAGUGUGGCCCUUUUUUUGUCUGUGCUUGUGAUCCUGCUGGUAAUCUAUGUGUCAUGGAAGCGUUACCCAGCCAGUAUGAAGCAGCUGCAGCAACACUCUCUCAUGCGAAGGCACAGGAAAAAAAAACGACAGUCACUGAAGCAAAUGACUCCAACCACACAGGAAUUUUAUGUAGAUUAUAAACCUACCAACACUGAAACCAGUGAGAUGUUGCUGAAUGGAACAGGACCCUGCACGUAUAACAAAUCAGGCUCCAGGGAAUGUGAGAUACCUUUAUCUAUGAAUGUGUCAACAUUUCUCGCCUAUGACCAACCCACAAUAAGUUACUGUGGUGUACAUCAUGAACUCCUUGCUCAUAAGCCCUAUGAAUGUAAUGCACAGGAAGAAACAAUGGAAACACACCUAGAGACUGAUCUGGAUCUCAGCACAAUAACAACAGCCGCAAGAAUCAGUGAACACAGUCAGCAGCUAGCUUAACUGACUUCAUUUGUAACAGAGGGCUGCAACCAACCUAUGUAGCUUGAAGGACAAAACAAGGAAGAUGUUCUAAAAUGGUUUCUGAAACCCCUGUUUAAUUAAAAGAGAACCAAGAGUUAUACAUGAAGACAUGAAUUGUUUCAAGUCUACAAUUUGUAAUUAGCUAAGUUGUGCAGUAUUUUUGACAUAAAGCAGAGUAUGACCCUUAAAGCAAAUCUUUUUUCAAAACUCAUCCUACCUACCUGUAAAAACUGUACAGAUCUAAUGUAUUUUUCAUACUGUAAAGUUUCAAUUACUGAGAACAGCUGGUAUGUACAGUACCAGAACUGAAUUACAUCUCACUUUACAAAUUUCAGUUUCUAAAGUUUUAAAUUAACAAAAAUUAUUUCUUGUGUUAUUCAGCUACUCAGUUUUGUAGGGACAGUUUUGUUACUGCUUUUGUGCCCAGAAAACUUUACUCUAAAAUUCUGUGCUGUGCAGAACAUGCACAAUUUUUACCAUGCUUACUGUGUAGAAUUUUAUCUACUUGUACCAGAAAUAAUACAUUCACUAAAAGAAGGGUUUAAUUGUUCAAACUUGUAAGAAGUUCUUCAAUUACAUAGACAAGUUUUUCUUAUAAACAAAAACAAAAAUCACAGAAUUUUUAACAGUUCUUCUCAGACUUAACUGUUGCCUUGAAUUAACAGCCUGUGAAAGUUAAUUCUAAAGCAGUGAAAUGUAACGAUAAAGAGGGAUAUUUUAACAA